GUUGGUCGUGAAUAUGCUGACCGCGGAACAGGAAGAAUCGCAUGGAAGGACGUCGCGCAAAAGAUGAAGCGUUGGGGCCGAACUCCUGCGGAGCUUGCCCAAAGAGUAUCUUCGCUGAAGCGCACGUUUGGAACCGACUUGGCCAAGUUCCCGCGUUCGUUUUACACU